AUUCAAAUGGGUUUUCUAGAUUUGAGAUAAUAUUUCUGUUGGGUAUUUGACAUAGUUAAGAUCUCUUGAAGAUUUUAUCUUCUGGGUCAAAAUUGUCUAUAUAUAAUUUCCUUUUUUCUGACUUAAAAGGAACAACAAAAAAGCAAGUUGUCCAACUUUGGGAAAAUCGAAAAGUUGUUUUUUUCUUUGUCGAGAGACGACGGUCACUUUUGCUUUAGUGAAUUUAUUUGUUUCACGUUCUUAAAUCCUCAACUUGAAUGAUGUUGACGAUGUCGAAGACUGGAGCUUUAGAUCUUGCAUCUGGGCUUGGAGGAAAGAUCAACAAGAAGGAGGUUGAAUCUGCUGUGGAACAGUAUGAGAAGUACCAUGUUUACCAUGGUGGGGAUGAGGAAACAAGGAAAACUAAUUACAGCGAUAUGGUAAAUAAAUACUAUGAUCUUGCUACUAGCUUCUAUGAAUUUGGCUGGGGAGAGUCCUUUCACUUCGCUCCCAGAUGGAAGGGGGAGUCCUUACGUGAAAGCAUCAAGCGUCAUGAACACUUCCUGGCACUCCAACUAGGAUUGAAAAGUGGAAUGAAGGUAUUGGACGUGGGUUGUGGAAUUGGCGGACCAUUAAGAGAAAUAGCUAGGUUUAGUUCUACAUCCAUUACUGGGCUGAACAACAAUGAGUACCAGAUAUCUAGGGGAGUGGAGCUAAACAAGGAAUCGGGAUUGGCUGAAAAUUGUAAUUUUGUUAAGGCUGAUUUCAUGAAAAUGCCAUUCACAGAUAGUACCUUCGAUGCAAUUUAUGCAAUUGAAGCAACAUGUCAUGCCCCUGAUGCGCUAGGCUGCUACAAGGAGAUUUACAGAGUGUUGAAGCCUGGUCAAUGUUUUGCUGCCUAUGAGUGGUGCAUGACCGACCAUUUUAACCCUGAAAAUGAAGUACACCAGAAGAUUAAAGCUGAAAUUGAGCUUGGUAAUGGCCUCCCUGAUGUAAGAUCAACAAGACAAUGCCUUGAGGCCCUGAAACUUGCUGGAUUCGAGGUUAUAUGGGAGAAGGACCUCGCUGUAGAUUCACCUCUGCCAUGGUAUUUGCCAUUGGACACUAGUGUUAUCUCCAUAACUAGCUUUCGAUUGACAUCUUUCGGAAGGUUUUUAACCAAAUCCAUGGUCAAAGCACUAGAGUUUGUCCGUCUCGCCCCAGCAGGAAGCGAUAGAGUUUCCUCAUUUCUCGAGAAGGCAGCUGAAGGGCUUGUUGAAGGUGGAAGGAAGGAGAUAUUUACCCCAAUGUACUUCUUCUUGGUCCGAAAGCCACACUCAGCCUCUUGAGAUUCAUGAGUGGUCAGUUAUUAGCUGCAGAAGCCUCGGGGUUUCUGUUCGCCUGGGUGUAGGAUUAUGUUUUAACGAAAAAUUGUCAACUUUUAAGCUUUAUUUUUUAAUUUUUUUAAUUUAAACAUGAUUCAAUUUCUCUGUCAAAACUUGGUUCUGAGUGAAUGCGGGAUGGCUUUUUGUGACCUUGAUGUAUUAUCAUCUCUAUCAGGAAAAAAACAAAGCAAAGCCAGCUGUAUGUUUUAUGGGAGCGUUAGAACUGGACUGGUACUGUUGACUGUUGAAAGUUCUAUGAUUAUAUUAGUUCUCCAACUAA